AAAUACUCAAGUGAAGUGAAAGUACUUCAAAUGUUUACUUAAGUAUAAUAAUUGAGUAAAGAACUUAGGUACUUUCUAUCACUGGUUACAGGUACUUUGCAUGUCAUCUGAACUGCACUCAAAUGUUCAAAAAUGUUCAUCACAAUCAAUAAAAAAAUCUGGCCCUCUUUUUUUGGACACCCCUGGUUUACGCUUUCAAUUCUAGAGGCUGCUCAGCUUAGAAGUGUUGUGUAUACCUGUUAUCAACACCUGUUAUAAGAUAUGAAACUCUAUGUACUUGAGUUGUAACUUUACACUCUUCAGUCCUCAUUCAUAUUAUUAAUUACUACCCAGAUUUUCCUGCUAUGUCAAAUCCUCAAAGUAUCUAAAAGCAAAGUAAGUAUUCCACUUUUUUAUGGGCUCCCUCGAGCCAGAUGAAUUAGGAUCCUUAGGCCUAAGUGUAACAUGUUUGUUACAUUGUACCCAUACUAGAAGUACAAUGGCAAGAAGAUGCUUUUACCUAAAAUAACCGAAACAUAAAGUGUUUAUGUAAUGGGUUGAUGGAAGUAGCAUCCUUCUAAACCACUAAAAAAAGUUGUGUCCUGACAUAGUCAAGUAUGUGGGUUUCUGUGUGUGUGUUUAGCUCUAUGCUUAUGUUGGCUAUCAUUGCUAGCUCAGGGAUUCCUGUGCACAUUAGUGACUGCAUGAGUUGGGUUUAGGUUGUUUUGUGUGUGGGUGUACAUGUGAGUGUGUGUUGUGCUUGCUCUCCCUUUAUCUCCAUAACCCCUGCCUAUUCUCUCCCGGUCUCUCCCUCCUGUUGUCCCAGCAUGGCUGCAGGAUGGCUGCCCUGUGGACUCUCUCUCCGCUGCUCUCUGCCUGCCUGUUUUGGCCCACAUGUUUGGCCUUGACUCCCGGAGCCGAGCCUCUGCAGCCCCAAAACCUGCCCCUCUCGCUGGGCUUCAACAGCAGCGAUGGCAGCCCAUCUUUGGAUCUUCCCAUGGCUCUUAGGGUUUUCAGCGUAGAUUAUCACCAUGUGCAGGCUCCCUUUGAGAUCGUGCUGUGGAUCAUGCUGGCCUCACUGGCCAAGCUGGGUUUCCACUGGUCAGGUCGGGUCCCAGCAGUGGUCCCAGAGAGCUGUCUACUCAUCAUGGUGGGCCUUCUGGUUGGAGGAGUGAUCUAUGGCGUUCGCCACUCUGCCCCCCCAACCCUCAGCGCUGAGGCUUUCUUCCUAUUUUUGCUCCCACCGAUUGUCUUAGACGCAGGAUACUUCCUGCCAGGGAGGCUGUUCUUUGAAAACCUUGGCACCAUCCUCUGGUAUGCGGUGCUGGGAACCCUCUGGAACGUGUUAGGCAUCGGCCUGUCUCUGUAUGGUGUUUGUCUGCUGGCUCACAGCUCUCUUGGAGACGUGUCUCUGCUCCACUGUCUGCUGUUUGGCUCUCUGAUCGCUGCCGUGGACCCCGUGGCAGUGCUCUCUGUCUUCCAGGAGAUGCAUGUUAACGAACAGCUUCACAUCUUGGUGUUCGGAGAGUCACUGCUCAACGACGCUGUUACUGUGGUGCUCUACAAGCUGUUUGAAUCCUUCCUACGUCUGCCAUCAGUGUCAGGGGUGGAUGUGUUUCUGGGGGGGUGCAGGGUUUUAGUGGUGGGCCUGGGGGGACUGUUUGUAGGCCUCUUCUUCGGCCUGCUGGCUGCCCUCACCUCACGGUUCACCUCCAGAGCCCAGGUCAUCGCCCCGCUCUUUGUUUUCCUCUACUCAUAUUUGUCCUACCUGACCUCGGAGAUGCUUCACCUCUCUGGAAUCAUGGCCAUUGUGACCUGCGCUGUGACCAUGAAGCAGUAUGUGGAGGCUAAUGUGUCCGAGCGCAGCAACACCAGCAUCCAGUACUUCCUGAAGAUGUGGAGCAGUGUGAGUGAGACCCUCAUCUUCAUCUUCCUGGGCGUGUCCACGAUACAGGAUGUCCACAUGUGGAGCUGGCCUUUUGUCUGCUCCACGCUGCUGCUCUGCCUCGUCUGGAGGGCCUCAGGUGUUCUCCUGCUGACCGCUGUGGUGAACAAGCUCCGGAGGAACACUGUGACAUUCAGAGAUCAGUUCAUCAUUGCUUAUGGAGGCAUGAGAGGGGCGAUCUGCUUCUCCCUCGUCUUCCUGAUCGAUGACUUCCCAAAGAAAAGACUCUUCAUCACAACUACCAUCGUGGUCAUCCUCUUCACUGUCUUUGUACAGGGGAUGACUAUUAAGCCUUUAGUAGAAUUGCUGGAUGUGAAGAGGAAGAAGAGAGGUCUCCAUACAGUCAGCGAGGAGAUCCACAGCAGGCUCAUUGACCACCUGCUGGCAGGGAUAGAGGAUGUGGUUGGAUACUGGGGGCAGCACUACUGGAAAGACAAGUUUGAGCAGUUCAACAAAAAGUACCUUCGUCGUUUCCUGAUCCGUGACGAUCACCAGGCCCACUCCAGCAUCCUCAGAGUUUACCAGGAGCUGGAGAGAAGGGAGCAGAGGGGAGACGAGGAGGCCCCGCCAGUAGUGGACCCUCGCUCCAACAGCCGUCCCCUCUUGCCCGAGGAGAUGGAGAGCAUCCGGCGUAUCCUCUCAAGAAACCUUCAACACUUCAAUAACAUGCAAAGACCGGCCUACAGCAGACACACUUUGCACCAGGACGCCACCAUGGACCGAGUGAGGAAACCUCUCCACAGACACCAGAGUCUGGGAGAAAGAUACACGUAUAAGGCUCAGGGGGAGGAUGGAGAGUUCAAAAGCUCCCGCAGAGGGAGAGCAGGACUCAGCAGGUCCCACACAGUGUGCUCCAUGAGCCCGAGGCCUGUCCUGCAGGAUGCAUCAGUCCCAGCAGCUUCAGCUCCGGCCAGAGGACAAGUGGAUCCCAACUCUGAAGCCUCCAUAGAGGAGCAGAUUUCUCCACAACAACAAGAAGCACCUUUGGAAAGAUCUGCGAGGAAACAACUCAGCUUUGUUUUGGAGAGCGAGAAGCAGCCAUGAAGGCAGACUGUGAGAAAGAAGAUCUUAAAAGUGUUUAAAAAUGGCUCCAUAAAGAGAUAAUUACCUCAUGUUUAUUUAUCCAUAGAGCUGUGAGUUUUAAAGGUUGAUAAAAGGUUUUGCAUUUUCAUGGACCCCUUGAAAUUAAAGCUUUUA